ACCCCGCCUCUCAUUGGCUGCAGCCUGGCGAGACACCGACGCGCACGACGUCUCCCCCUCUAUUGUUAUUGUGGCGUGCGCGAGAAACGAACGGACAGGAUGCACGAGGAGACAGUGAGGCUGAUAAAACGUUAAAAAAAAAAAAAAAAAAAAAAAAAAAAAACAACACAGAGAAAACAUCAAGCUACGUGAACGUCAGCUUGCUGCAUCGGAGACAUUCACAGCUAACGUUAGCAUCCGCGGUGAAUUCAGGUCUUGAUAAAAAAAAACGUAAAAACGAGCUCCUCUUUGAGCACACAACGUUACGGAUCUGUCUGCAACACUUCAGACGAUCUUUCAGCGCAAGUUCCCCCUCUCCUCUCCGGCUGAUGUGGACGGAUUCAGAGCUGGGCCAUCAUGAUGCCGGUGAACUUUCUGGUCACUCAUUGGCUGACCAACUUAACACCAGCAUCAUGUCGGUGAAUCCUCCCAGCAGUAACGACGCCUGCCUCAGCAUCGUCCACAGCCUCAUGUGUCACCGGCAGGGCGGGGAGAACGAGGGCUUCGCCAAGCGGGCGAUCGAGAGCCUGGUGAAGAAGCUGAAGGAGAAAAAGGACGAGCUGGACUCGCUCAUCACCGCCAUCACCACCAACGGCGUCCACCCGAGCAAGUGUGUGACGAUUCAGAGGACGCUGGACGGACGCCUGCAGGUGGCGGGCAGGAAAGGCUUCCCUCACGUGAUUUACGCACGUCUGUGGCGGUGGCCCGACCUCCACAAAAAUGAACUCAAGCACGUGAAGUUCUGCCAGUACGCCUUCGACCUGAAGUACGACAACGUGUGUGUGAACCCCUACCACUAUGAGAGGGUGGUGUCACCAGGCAUCGUCGGUCUCAGCCUUCAGAACACAGCAGCUCCAGUUGGGCUCAUCAAAGAGGAGUACAUCCAUGACUGUAUACAGAUGGACCUCCCGCCCGGCAUGCCUCUGUCAGAGCACCAAGCCGCCAUGAAGUUGCCCCCCCAAGACCACUACGGCCAGCCCCUGCCCCCGCCACAGCUGCCCUCUGAGCCCCACGGACCCCCGCCCAUCAGCAGAUACACCAACCUGCCUGUCUCACCCAAAGGCUCUGGACCCAUGAUGCCUCUCCAGGGGGGUCACAGUGAUGGCCGCCUCCAAACUGCGUCUCCACAGGCUCAAGUCAUGACCCCGACACCUCGAUCUCCGACCCCGACCCAGGCAUCCCCUCACCAGCAGGCUGCACAGCAACAGUCGCAGCCCCCCCACCAACAACAACCCCCCCACCCUCCUCCUCACCCCCACGGGCAGAACGGGUACAGCAGCAAUAAGCACUCUCAGAGCCAGGCGGCCUUCCACACAGUGUGGACAGGCAGCAGCACAGCCUCCUACACUCCCAUAGGACCCCAGCAGAACGGACGAGCUCACCAACAGCCCCCCCUCCAUCACCAAAACCACCACUGGUCUCAGCAUCACAGCUCCACCUCCUUCCCUCCUUCUGUGUCCAAUCAUCCAGGUCCAGAGUUCUGGUGCUCCAUCUCGUACUUCGAGAUGGACGUUCAGGUUGGCGAGAUGUUUAAGGUUCCCUCCAGCUGUCCCGUGGUGACUGUGGACGGGUACGUCGACCCGUCAGGAGGCGACCGCUUCUGCCUCGGCCAGCUGAGCAACGUCCACCGCACUGACGCCAGCGAGAGAGCCAGGUUGCACAUCGGUAAAGGCGUGCAGCUGGAGUGUCGCGGUGAGGGCGACGUGUGGAUGCGCUGUAUGAGCGACCACGCCGUGUUUGUUCAGAGUUACUACCUCGACAGGGAGGCGGGCCGAGCGCCAGGUGACGCUGUUCACAAGAUCUACCCCGGCGCAUACAUCAAGGUGUUCGACCUGCGACAGUGUCACAGACAGAUGCAGCAGCAGGCGGCGACCGCUCAGGCCGCAGCAGCUGCUCAGGCGGCCGCUGUAGCAGGAAACAUCCCCGGUCCAGGCAGCGUCGGAGGCAUCGCUCCUGCAGUCAGUCUGUCUGCAGCAGCGGGGAUCGGCGUGGACGACCUGCGGCGGCUCUGCAUCCUGCGGCUCAGCUUUGUGAAGGGCUGGGGGCCUGACUACCCCCGGCAGAGCAUCAAACACACCCCCUGCUGGGUGGAGGUCCACCUGCACCGCGCUCUGCAGCUUCUGGAUGAGGUGCUGCACACGAUGCCUUUAGCCGACCCGGGGCCUGCUAAUUGAGGACCAAGAUCACGUUCAGAUCCCCCGAUCUGGAUCCUCUGAAUGUGCACACAGACACACAUUUUAGCUUCAGGCCAAAUAGAAUGAAAAGAAAAAAAAAAAGAAAAAUCAAUCAAAAACACACCGAGAUCCUGCUCGUAACAAUCAAUGCACACACAUGCACACACACACACUGUAACCAAAACGUCUGCAGACGCGCAGACAUAAGAGUGCUGAUGUCUUUGGGAUAUUUUCUUUCGCUUUACAAUCCAAACUCAAACAGAAGGGAGUCACGUCCCUGAAGGUUAAACUUUGGAGUUUGAGUUCUGACCAAUCGAAAGACGUUUGUAUGCACUGUAGAAAUCCAGGGAUGUGUUUCAGAAAUCCAGUUCCUCUGUAUGCAAUCUGGAUUUAAACUCUAAUCGCUCUGCACAUUCACUCAUGAAAAACACACACACAUGUAAAAAAAAAAAAAAAAAAAGAAAUCAUGCACGAUUAAAACACUCCAGACAGAUAACUGCUUACCUCUGAAUCAUGCUGUCAGUAACUCUCCUUAUCAGCAGCAGAACUGAUGUAGAAGUUUGGAUUAUUAUGGAUACCAGUGUAACGUCAUCUCUGUGCUCGUACUGUGCUCUUCACUGUUAUUGCUCUAACUGUUAGCUUCGAUAGCUGGUUAGCCCUCCUAUUACGCUUAGCUCAAGCGUUAUUAUUUUUGUACCAAAAAGACCAAAAAGCCAAACAAAAAACAAACAUUUAGCUUUAAAGUGGUGUUGUUGUUCUCUGUGAUGAAGCAGUGCUACCCUGUGUGUAACCAAACGGUUGGUGUGAAUCACCAAAACCAGAAUACCUCAUAACUACAGUGCAAAGUCACAGUUCAGUUUUUACCGCCUGAAAGCGCACACAUACGUCAUCACUGACAGGUCGAUGUGUGAGGAUCUGAACAUGAACGCCCUCUGAUAGCAUCCUGACUCCAACACUUCAUUAUGUUCAGCUUCUUAUUAGUUUGGCACCCUGAUAUCAUGUGAACAAGAUGCCCAAUUAUCACAUUUUUAAACCUGAUUCUUUUAUUUAAGAUGUAAAUUACAAAAAGGUACAAACCUUUUUUGAAUGUCUGCUGUAGUUUUUUCUUCAGCCUGCAGAAGUGAAUCGGGCUGUAGCCGCUGCAACAUAAUCCUGAAGGAUCAAAGUGCGUCCUGUAAAAGUUCUUGUUUGUGUCCCUGACGGACUCAGAUUGUUAUUCUCAGUAUCUGACAACAGUACAGAAAAGAGACUGACCUUUUUGGUUACGAGGGAGAGGAUUUUUUAAAACCAGACCCAGCUGAUAUGUCAUGCCGGGCUCCAUUGACAAAAACAAUAAUUCUACCUUUCAGACUAUGUUCUCUCCGGGUACUCUGGCUUCCUCCCACAGUCCAAAGACAUGCUCGUUAGGUUAACUGAAGACUCUAACUUGCCCGUAGGUGUGAAUGUGAGUGUGUCUGGUUGUCUGGCUUUUGCUGCAUUCAUGUGCUCCUCUGAUGGUCCAAGUUUCCGAGUUGGGAAGUCGUUCUUCUCAGAAUCAGAAUCAGGGUUUAUUGUCAAGUUCAUUUACACAUACAAGGAAUUUGACUUGGUGUAUUGGUGCUAAACAAUUAACAAGGAAAUAAAGCAGAACUAGCAACAACUUAAAUAAUACAGUAUAAGAAGCUAUUAUUUCUGACUUCAGUUUGCUCAUGUGACUUCAGUUCGGCAAAGUCGGAAUGUUGUAAGCAACAAAAAGCGUUGAUGCUAUGAAGAAGACAAAAAUAUCUUAACGUUAACAAAACACAAGUUGCCCCUCCAGGUGUAUGGAAGCGAUUAGUGAUCUUAGCAGCUCUGGUUAUAAAGCUGCUGCGUCAUGCUCGCUGAAAGUUCAGUGUGCGCUGAAAAAAACACUCCGAUCGCCACCUGUAUCACAGUGUGAACUAAAGUCUGCCCUAGUGUUAAAGAUUCACCCCGCCACCCGUCGUACUGCGCGUUCUGCCCGCUCGCCUCAUAGACUGUAAACAUGACGUUCACCUGCCUGAGAGCUGGAGUCUGACGUCACUUUCCUGCGCCGUCCACUUUGCCAUUUCGUUUUCGAGUUGGUUUGAAUUAUUAUCACUUUUUAGCACGGCAAGUUCGAAAACGAAAAGCCAAAGACCUUUUCGUUUUCAUUUGAAUGAUGUCAUACAAUAUGCAUACAUAGAGAGUAAAAGUAUAAUGCAAACUGGAUGACUGAAUAUUAAUUUUAAAUAUAGGUCAAAUAAUGCACCUAUAUUCUGAAAAUUAAAACGUGUUUCUGUUAAUGCAUUUUCAUUUUAAAAUUAGCUUUUUCAUUUGAAUUAUGAUACAGAUUUAGCGGGGCAUUUUUUGAAAAUGAUAAAGCAAAUGUCAUUUUCUUCCUCAUUUUAAUUUAGUCAAAGAAUGUGCAUUUUUGAAGUUGAAAACUAAAAUUCAGAUUAGAUAAAUUAAUCAUCAUUUUAUUUUUGAGUCAAAUAAUACACCCAUAUUCUGAAAAUUAAAAAGCAUUUCUGUUAAUGCAUUUGAAUUUUCAAAUUAGCUUUAUCAUUUGAAUUCUGAUCACUAAUCGCUUCCAUACAGGUGAUGACGAUUCUGACAUCAAGUUGGCAAGUCAGGCACUUAUUUUUUUCGAGUUUCUGAUUUGUUGCUCCGACUUGAGCAGGCGUUCGUGUGCAUUUUACAACUCAGAAACUCUUUUUUUUCGAUGUGUCCGACACCACAUGAAUGCACCAUAUACGGUAUGUCAGUCCUGUGAUUGACAGGCCAUCAGUCCAGGGUGUAACCCCGCCUCCCGCCCAAUUACAGCUGGGGUCAGCUCAAGCCCCCCCGUGACCCUGAAUGGGAAAAGCGGUAUAGAUAAUGGACGGAUGGAUGGAAUAUGGGAGUUGCUUUUCUACCACUAAAACGGAUUUACUAUUUUAUUGUCACAUUACAGCAGUGAACAAUCGAGGCAGCGGGAGACGAGUAACUCCUGUGUUCUGUGAGGUGAAGUUACUGUUUUUAAUCAAUGGAGUCCGCUGUCUUUGAAACGUGAUGGAUCAACUGUUUGUGGUUUUCUUCCUCGUUAACAAAAAGGUUGUUCUCUGCUGUCAGACUCUAAACAUCUAAAGAUGAAGAUAAAUCAAAGAAUUAAUUAAUGUGGAAAUACAAAGAAAAUAUUCUCUGACUAAAAGCGAAGCAAACAGACCUGUGCUCCACUGGGAGUAUUUCAUGUAAAUCAACAUCCAGCCGAGGGUCAAAGGUCAAACUGGUGUCUGUGUUUGGAGUCGGGAUGUUACGGUGCGGCUCUGUCAGUCCACACGCGGCUCAGCUGCUUUUUACAAAGAUCAUUCACGUAUGCAUUUUAGUGAUAUUUGUGCCUUUUGUUGUCAACAGUAGAUGCACCAACACUGGAUCGUGCGACAGACGGACACGCUUUGUGUUUGUUCACCUGAAGAUUCAUGUCGUGAUUGUCGAUGGUUUUCUGUGUUCCCCUCAGGUAUCCGUGCAGCUCAUUGAAGAUGAUCACAGUCGUGGUUUAGAGACAUAGAGAAUUAUUAACAAACACUCACUAUACCUGAGUCGAAUUAUUUAUUGCCUUAGUCUUUGUGAGUGUAAAAUAUGAACGAGUACGCUUGGCACUAUUUUAAUCUACGCAUGGACGACACUAAUAGAUGUCAUAUUUAUCUGUUUGCUCGGCCCGCAAUCAGGGAGGUCGUCAUUCCAAUCACAAGCAUCACCUUCAUCAUCAUCACCAUCUGACCCCUCCACAGUCACUAACACCUCCUCCAUGACGGCUCCUGUUUGCUGCCGCUGUCUGUUCGUGCUUCACUUCAAAUAUAAAAACACAAAACAAUCGACCGUCUAAAGAACGAGUCCAUUUCAGUUUUAUUUUCAGCUCCAACGCCUGAUCAGAAAUGUAAUUUAAAGAAGUUUGAACUAUGGUAGUCACAACACCAGAACAUCAAACGUACAUGUAUGAAGGAUCGAUACCUGAUUCGUCACCGCGGCAACGAACAGAGAGGUUCCUACGGUGCGUUCCAUUUACCUCGAACCUCGGAUCUCGGCGCGACGUCACACCCGAGUUAACGGCGUUCCAGUCGGAAAAGCAACAUGGACGCCUCCAGGAGAAGCUUUGUUUUGUUAGCUAAUACCUGACGACUGAAGUUGUUUUCGAAUUUGCAAGUCGGACUUCAGGGUGGCGUUCCCGACGACGUAUCAGACCGGCAACUCGGAAUUUCCGACUUCCAAGAUUAAAUGGAACGCACCACUAGGCAGACAAUGUGCAGUCUAAGUACAUAAAUAAAUCAAAACGUUUACGGCCACGCUACCCUAAACACGCCCGAUCUCGGGAGCUGAGCCGGGUCGGGCCUGGUUAGUACUUGAAAGGGAGAGCGGCUGGGAACCAGGUGCUGUAAGCUUUGGGACUCUGGUAGCAUAGUGGUUAGUGUGUGCGCCCCCAUGUACAGACAAAGGCUACAGACCUUCAAGCAGGUGGGCGGCCUGGGUUCAAAUCCGACCUGAGGCUACAUCCCCGCAUGUCAAUCCCUCUCUCUCUGAUAUCUGACUCUGUCUCUAAAUGAAAGGUAUAAAAAGCCCCCAAAUAAACCUUUAAAAAUAAAUAUACAAAAUAAACACAAAACCGUGAAACGAGUUCAAAUGUUAAUAUUUAAUUGAUAAUUAUAUUCACAAGUGUCUUAGCAGUCCUGUGACUCCAGAGGUUAAUCUUUGACAGUUCUUCAUAACUGUCCACGUUUGUUUCCUAAUAAUCAGAGUUUAUUUGGUACUAAUUCAAAGGGAAAGUCUUUAUUUAAACUCAGAGUCACAUUCAUUAUUUUUGGACUGUUAGAGAAUCGUUCGUCCAUGUUGGACCGUCUCGUUGUCACAGUUUGAGCCGAACUCGAAUAACAGCAAAAAAAAAAAAAAAAGAGAAUUAAUGAUAUUAAUUCAAAGUGUGUUAACAGAUUUAUUUUUGUUGCUCGCUGUUUGACCGACAUGACGUCGUCCUUCUUGAAGUUAUUAAGAAGCUGCAGACUCGUUUAAUACAGAACCCUCAUUUUUUUAAAUCAGACCCCCGCUUUAAUUCUACGAGAUCACAGUGUUUGAUGAAGCUGCUGAUUCUUUAAAGGAAGAAUGUGUGACAGCAGAAAUCAAGUCUAUCCUGUGUAAAUAUCUGAGUCAUGACUGUCUACAAUGAGGGAGAAGCUCGAGUCCCGCUGGCUGUGUUGUUGUCAGAGCCGUGUUUACAUGGACGGGACGGCCGGCUCCUCCCCUUGUGUAUAAAAGCUGUUUUAGUCAACGACUAGAGAGAAGAAGAAGAAGAACAUACUCACUGAUUAUUUGGAUGUUAGUAAGAGUUUUUAGAUCACCGUCAUUCUGUAUCAGUUUACAUGUAAUGUGAAGCUACGAGCUAACUAAAGAGCGCUAACAUUAGCAUGCUAACACAACAACGCAGGACACAGGUGAAUGAAGCUCGAAAUGAGGAUAAUUUAGUCCACCGCUUGCGUUAAACUCCUUCAUGUGAACGUGAGUGGAGGGGGGGGUUGGAGGUGUGUCUCUGGAGGAGAGCGGAGGCUUCAGUAUGGAGGAGGCGUCGGCUAACAGCAGUUUGUUUUGGUUUCAUGCUGGGUGCUCAAGGGCGCCAUCUACUGGAUCAAAAAGUCGCACAUUCUUCCUUUAAAAGAAUAUAUAGAUAUACAUAUAUUCUUUUGGCCCAGCUUUGCUCAGAGGUUUGCUUCCACACAUUUACGGUUUAUUAACUCGACUGGUUGUCCCGUCUGUGCUUUUGAGAGUGAGAAUAAAGUAGUCUAUGUAUCACUAUGAGAACACUUUGUAAUAAACACACUACAAAAAGAUGGAAAUACUUCGACUGAUCACUGAAACCUGCUGGCGUUGGAUAAAUGCACACGGACAAACGGGUCUGCAUCGAGUGACGGAGCUGCUGCUGCUUCAUGACGUGCGUCAGGUCUACACACGGUCCAAACGAAGAACAAUGUGUGUUCUGUAAAUAUUAAAGACACUUGAUAAUACGUGAAGGAGGUCGUCCACACUCAGUGGUUCCCAUGAAUUAAGUGAUGACAUAAAAAUGCUCCAAAAGAAGUCUGACGGAGCAGUUAGAACUCGGGCGUUACGGCUUUUAUCUGAAAAAUCCCCUAAAAUGACGGGAAAAAAUAGCUAAAAUGAAUCCUCUUUUUUUUAAAUCAACAGAGCUUACAUACGUCCAGACAUUUUAUUUGACUCCAACUUCCCAUUAUAAUGAAAUUCUGGUUGUUUCCUCGAGAUCUGCACAUCAUUAAAAUCUAAUUUUUGUCGUUAUCGUAUUUAUCUUUAAUGAGACGAAUACGUUGAGAGAAAAAAAAACACAUUUUACUCGUAAUCAGCGGGGACGACUGAAUAAAAUAAAAUGUAUGGAUGCAUGGCUCUUAAAAUGUCCUACUUAAUUCGAUUAUGUUCUGUAUGUACCUAAAACUCUGAACUAAAUGUGCAGAUUUGAGGGCCUUUAUUUAGCCCCGCCAUUGUGGUUAUCGUUGUUCCAUCCUUGGUAACAAUGAAUGCACUCUCACAAUAACGUUUACUGGGAGUUCAUUCAGUCAUGUUCGAUGUAUUCUAAUAAAUACAGAGAACGAAUCUGAGGUAGAGGCACAACUUUGAGUAAAACAAAAAGUUUGGAUCGAACGUCUAAAUUAUUCCCAGAGCAGAAUAAAGCAGAAUCAUAUCAUCACAUAUUAAAAAAAAAAAAAAACAAUAAUUGUCUGUUUUCAAUGUUCAUUCUGUUCACUUUCACAGAGAAGAUCACAAACACGAUCAUUUCAUUCAUAAAAACCUUCGAAAAGCUUUUCCUGCCGCAUCAGCUAUACUGGAAACAAGUACUAAAGACUUUAAUUUGCUACGUUAGAAUAUUGUUCUUUUUAUUUUGUAGUUAUUUUUUUGUAAAGAUGUGCUGCCUCUUGUAAUGCUGACUGUAAAAUAAUAAAAAAAAAGAAAUAAACCAAUAACACUCAUAUUUA